AUGGCGAGCGAAGGCGAGCCUGUCGCUGAGGACGGCCCCCCUGCCCCGCCGCAGGCUCCACAGGACGGUGGGGCCCACCCCGCGUCCGCGCAGCCGAAGGGCGGAGGAAACGCCGGCGAUGGGGCCGGGAAUGAGGCCCCCGGGGAAGUGUCCGAGCUCUUCUCGCUGGUCAAGGACAGGCCCUGCCGCGUGGCCCAGAUCGAGGUCCACGGGCUGCAUCGAGCGACCCCGGCGCUCACGUCGCGGGAGCUCGAGAGGGUGCGCGAGGGCCGCACGCUGGAGGAGAUCCAGGAUCGGGUGGCGGAGUGCAUGGUCGCGCUGGAGGAGCUGGACCUGUUCGCGUCGGUGGAGGGCGAGCUGCUGGAGGGGGACGAGGUGGGCGGGAGAUUGUGGCGGCCGGCAGUGGUGCCAUCUGUUGUGGCGGCGACUCGAUGCUGUGCCGCGCCCGUUCUGUUUGUUGUUGGAGGGCGAGUUUGUUGCUGGCAGGCUGACUGCUUUUGA